CUGCUGUCGUCAUCUUGUUCAUUCUUCAUUGCUGCCACCCUCUCCAGACUCGUCGCGUUCCUCUUGUCACUUGUUUGUCCUCUGUCUAACCCGAGGCCACCAUGGCAAACAGCACCCUUCGAUUGUCUGGCGCUUGUCUGGCGUCACGUCCAUCUGUCGAUACCGCAUACCCUGGCUAGCAGUGCCUCGGUGGUUGCGUCGAUGACUGGCUCAUCACACGCUAUAUAACACUCUACGUUGAGCUGCCGCUGCUACUCUGCGACAAUGGACUCGUACACCAGCACCCGAGAGGACUCCAGGCCGCCAGCCGACUCCUACAGACGACGUUCCCCGGCACCCGGAGAUCGCAGGCCUAGGCGACGCUCGCGCUCGCCUCAAAACAUCGAUAGGUACCAGCCGGACCGCGCACGAGACUACGAUCACCCGCGCCGCGAUGGAGGCCGCCGCCGCUCCUCUCCCCCACCUGUUCAGGCCGGGAUUGACCGCUACGUUCCUGGCCAGGAUAACUUCGCUCCUACCUUUACGACCAACCCGAUCCCGAAUCCCAUGUCGCUCGAAUACCAAGUUGGCUUCAACUACUUCGCUGAGUGGUGGCGCGUUGAGCAGGUUAUGAAGGAGGAGAAGGAACGUGCAAAGAAUGGUGGAAGGAAACCGGUGCUUAAAGGCGAGCGUGAGGCUCGCGAGGAGCGAGGCAAGGAGCGUGAACUCAUCCAGGCCGCGUACGACGAGUAUAAGGAGAAGCUCCAGGUGCAAAUGGCCAAGACUUUUGUGGACAAACAUAAGGGCGAGGAGUGGUUCAAGGAGCGCUACGACCCUGAAUACGACAAUGCCUCCAAGGAGAAGCUGCGCGGGUAUCGCCAUGGCAUCUACGCCGACUGGGAGCGACAGAUUGAGGAGGGAUACUUCGACGAGUUCACACUCGAGGGUAUCUACAAGAACGACUCAAACGGCGCGGGCGGAAUCGUCGAGAAGGAGGAAGGCGAGACCACUGCAGCAAACGAAGUGCUGGGUGUGGGAGAUCUUCUCCCGUGCAAAGGAGGCGAGAUUCGUGAUGAAUCGGCCUUCCAGCCCACACUCCUGAUCAAGACCAUUGCUCCCACUGUCAAUCGGGAGAAGGUUGAAGAGUUCGCCAAAGAGCACCUUGGCGAAGGUCCUGGUGGAUUCAAGUGGCUCAGUCUCAGUGAUCCCAACCCGCUUAAAAAGUGUCAUCGCAUAGGAUGGGUCAUUCUACAUCCCAGUGACGAACAGCCUAUGGUCAUCGACGAUCGCGGUGAUGCGCGCGACGAUGAGGGAGAAGAUGGAGCUCUCGUUGAGGAACACUCCGCUCCUGCUCCGCAAAGCACAGCACAAAAAGCACUUGAGGCAAUCAACGGCAAAACUGUUGAGGAUGAAAAGCGCGGGAAUUUCACGUGUCACGUUGGUGUGCAUGAAACCCCUGCAGCACCUCGAAAGAAGGCACUCUGGGAUCUCUUCUCAGCACCCGAGAGAAUCGAGCGCGAUUUGGAGCUUGCUGAGAGGCUUGUCAGGAAGCUUGACAGCGAUUUGAAAGCGGCCAAUGAAGAUGAGUUUGGUGAGGUUGACGGUGUGGCCAAAAUUGAGCAGCGUGUGGAGGAUCUUCGGUCAAAAGGUUGGCUACAGCCUCCAGCCAACGCUCCUGCACCUCCCAAAAAGGAGCGGGACCCUGAAGACCUCGAGGAGGGAGAGGAUGAAACCAUGGACGACGAGGAAGGUGCCUACGACGAAGAGGUCGAUGACGAAGACCUUUUGGUCAAGAAGAAGAAGCUUGACCUGUUGAUCGAAUACCUUCGACGUGUGUACAGCUUCUGCUUCUUCUGUGUCUUCGAGAGCGACUCGAUCCACGAGUUGGUUCGCAAGUGCGCAGGAGGUCAUCUUCGACGCCCCCGCGCCAGCUUGACCACAGCAGCCAAGGCAACUGCCAGAGCCACAGCCACUGGCGAGCCUUUCCCCUACAAGAAGUCUGAGUCAGGUGAUGCUGAGAACGGCGAGGGCAGUCCCGUAGCAGAGCGCAAGCCUAUGAAGCUGAGUGGGAAGAACCAGCAGCAGCUACAACGGGCGUUUAACUGGGUGAAGACAUACGAGGAGAAACUGCUGCAACUACUCGAGCCCGAGAAUGUUGAUCUGCGCAAACUUGGUGGCAAGCCAAUUGAUGAGGCUAUGGAGGAUGAAUUGGCCAGAUUCUGCAAACAAGAGGACGAGUCUAAAUGGCGUUGCAAAGUCCCAGAAUGUACGAAGUUGUUUAAGGGACAAAACUUCUGGCGCAAGCACGUCGAAAAGCGCCAUGCGGAGUGGCUUGAGAAGUUGCAGAAAGAUCUCGAACUUGUUAAUAGCUACGUCCUUGACCCUGCGCACAUUGCUCCGUCGCGCAGCGACGCGAACAGUAACGGCCACUUCCCAAUGGGCAAUCACGUUCAAGCCACCGGCACACCACGCGGGUUCAAUCUUGCCAAUAUGAGCAUGGCCAUGUCAGGCAAUGGCAUGAACGCAAUGAAUGUUGGAAACAUGUUCAACCCAGCCAUGGGUGGCAAUUGGGAUCCCUCCCUUGGUACCCACGAUGCUGGAGCGAUGCGUCGCGGCGGUCAGCGAUUCAACAACCGCUCCGGACCAUACGACAAGCAAAACCGCGAUCGUCGCAACGGCCCCAGCGGUGGUGCCGGCCGACUAACGCCUCCGCGCGGCGGCCGACCAGGCACGCAACGGUACGGCGACGGCGGGCCUGGGCCUCUGCAGUCUACGCAGGGCCGGCAGAUUAAGAGCUACGAAGACCUCGAUGCUGUGGGCGGAGGUGGCAGUGGUGAGUUGAACUACUAGCCACGUCCGAAGCCGAGCUACACCCACAAACAAGGAUGCGUUGGGUGCCCAGGUGGUGUGCCUUGAUCUUAUGGUGGGCGUUGGGGGUCGCUGUUCCGAUUUACAGGCUAGUUAUUAUUUGAUGUGCUUCGAAGAGACCAGUCAUGGGCCACGGCGUUAUUGGUUCG